AUGCUUUCUCCACCACCAAGAACGCCUGGUGCUGCAUCACCGGUGAUGAGAUCUCCCUCUCAUUCACCUGCACCCAUAGCCAGGCGGCCUGCCCCUCCUCGACCACGUGACUUCUCCUUUUUGCUUCGCCCCGAGAUCUACCAUCCCCUACCACCUCACAACAUACCCCCGGCUUUUCGUAACUCUCUGCACAAUCAACCGUCUACCGAGACCCCCAUUCCGGAGCUCGUAGCUCAAGGUCACUUCCGCGCCGCCGCCAUUGCGGCAGCACAGACUCUCUCGGGCAUCGGCGGCCCGAGCCCUGCUCAGGCCCAGCCUGAUCCAACCGAUCAUGAACGCAUCUUUGACCUCUUUUAUACCCGGCUGGCCUGCCUCACCCUUAUCGAUGCUACAUCUCUUGCUGCGCAAGAAGUCAAAGCCCUUGGUGACUUAUCUAGUACUUUUUACUAUCAGACUAUCUCUUCGCCAACAGAUAACCCGAGCGUCCUAGCGGAUGUUGAACAGGGACAGCCAAAACCACGUCCUCAUGCCCAGCAAACGCAAGUUCAUAUUGUUCCAUGGGACCUCCGUGUCCUUGCUGUCCGUUUGCAGGCCCUUGGGUUCGGUGACCCACGCCGUUCCAUCAUGAGCUACUAUGAACUGGCGCGCGAGGCAAGAGCACGGCUAGCCGAGGUUAGUGCGAGGCACGAUCACUCGGCCAUGGAGUUAUGGAAAGCUCGAUUAGCCGACCUAGGAUUACGAGUGGCUGGAGCGCUGGUUGAAAUGGAGGAUAUUACUGGCGCCAUUUGCCACCUAAGGUCACUGCCUCAGAAUAACGAUGGCACACGCGCUGUCAGGGAAGCAUUACUAUGGUUGCACCUUGGUGACGUGGAGAAUGCUAAGAGAUGUGUUGGCGAGCUUGUGGCGCCAGAAGAUGAACACGGGGUAGCCAUACGAGUACUUCAGGGCCUGUGUCAGAUGGCAGAUGGCGAAUAUGACGCUGCUUUGGAAACUUGGCGAGGGUUGAGUAUGUUGCUGCCUGGCGAUGAGAUGGUUGGUGUGAAUUUGGCAGCGUGCUUGCUAUAUGUUGGCAAAAUGGAGGAGGGCAAAGCUUUACUCGAAAACCUGGUUGACGCUGGCCGGACUUCACACACGCUAUUGUUCAACUUGACUACUAUGUACGAACUCAGUACCGACCGAGCAAAGGCCUUGAAGGUCAAAUUGUCAGAGAAGAUUGCGUCGCUGGAGCAUCGCGACACAAAAGAAAAGACAAAUGCAGACUUCAAGCUUUGA